AUGGUCAAAAGUUUGCUGCUGACGGGACAAGUGAGCUUAAAUGUCACUGACGUAUUAGUCGACAAAAACAUCGACCUUGCUAUAAAACUUCAAUCUGACUGUUUUAGUUCUGAAGUGCAAGAAGUUAAAGCUCAACAGCAAAGACAUACUAUUACAUCUCGUGGGAUAUAUAAUCAAGAAAAACAUGUUGCUACUAGCUCACAAGCCACUUUUUCUAUGGCUUCAAAUUCAUUAGGAGUUUCUUGUAGCAAGUCGACAGCUCGUCUGAGUACUUCAAAUUUACACAAUUCUCUAAUAAGUUCUGAAAAUAUGUCGUUUUCAAAUGCAAUAGUUGAUGAAUUGCUUUCAGUAUCUCUUGAUGAUUUAGAUAUUCUUACUUCUAACUCAAAUCCUAAGGAUGUUGAAAUAGCAAUUUCUAAAUAUUCUGAGUUUCUAAGUAAAUUUAUCGAAUUUUUCACGACGAAUAAGGAAAAGAUCAAUGUUGUAAAAAAUGAAGCGCUCCUCUUACUCGACAAAGUUAGUCAAAUCAUAAGCAAAGCAUGGGCAGUACCGACAUAUGGUCAUGAAUUAGGGUACACUCUGUGUAAUACGCUUCGUAUUAAACAUGGGCUGGAUCUUCUCAUGACAAACUGUGUAGCUAAUGAUAAUGAGUUACAGUUUUCAUCAGCGCGUCUUUUAGAACAAUGUUUAAUCACAGAAAAUCGUGCGCAUGUAGUUGAAAAUGGCCUAGAAAAGGUAGUGAAUGUUGCUUGUGCAUGCACUAAGAAUGCUAAUUCUGUAGAACACGCUCGUAUUGGUACAGGUAUUCUAGAACAUCUUUUUAUGCACAGUGAAGGAACGUGUAGUGAUGUCAUACGCCUUGGAGGUCUUGAUGCUGUUCUAUUUGAAUGUAGAAAAAAUGAUGUUGAAACUCUAAGACAUUGCGCUGGUGCCUUAGCAAAUCUAUCUUUGUAUGGUGGUGCUGAAAAUCAAGAAGCAAUGAUAAAAAGAAAAGUACCUAUGUGGCUUUUUCCUUUAGCCUUCCAUAAUGAUGAUAACAUUAAAUAUUAUGCUUGCUUAGCAAUAGCUGUUCUUGUUGCAAACAAAGAAAUUGAAGCAGCCGUUCUUAAGUCUGGAACAUUAAACCUUGUAGAACCCUUUGUUACGUCACACAAUCCGUUUGAAUUUGCAAAAUCUAAUCUAGCACAUGCGCAUGGGCAAAGUAAGAACUGGCUAGAAAGACUAGUUCCAGUGCUGAGUUCAAUGAGAGAAGAAGCGAGAAAUUUAGCUUCUUUUCAUUUUUGUAUGGAAGCUGGCAUAAAAAAACAACAAGGUAAUACAGAAAUAUUUCGUAUGAUUGGUGCAAUUGAACCUCUCAAAAAAGUAGCGAGCUGUCCCAAUGCCAUUGCAUCGAAAUUCGCUGCCCAAGCUUUAGGACUCAUAGGAGAAAAAAUUCCUCACAAACUAAGUCAACAAGUACCUCUUUGGUCAACUGAAGAUGUAAGAGAGUGGGUAAAACAAAUAGGUUUUGAAGAAUAUGCAAAAAAUUUUGUUGAUAGUAAAGUUGAUGGAGAUCUUCUAUUACAAUUAGCAGAAGAUAAUCUUCGAGAGGAUAUUGGAAUAACUAAUGGUAUAAGAAGACGAAGAUUUACCCGAGAGUUACAGAAUUUAAAAAAAAUGGCAGAUUAUAGCAGUAAGGAUACAGGGAAUCUUAACAAUAUUCUUCUUAUGAUAGGCCAGGAAUUUUCGAUUUACACAUACAGUAUGCUUAAUGCUGGAAUUUACAGAGAUUACCUUAAAAAUAUUACUGAAGAUCAACUUUUGACGGAGUGCGGAAUAACAAACAGUAUACAUAGGCUAAGGAUAUUGGAUGCAAUUAAAAACAUUCAACAUAACCAAUUUAAUCCAAAUGAAAACGAGUCCCCAGAUAAAUCAUUGGAUGUUUUCGUUAGUUACAGACGAUCGAACGGAUCACAACUAGCCAGUUUACUUAAAGUUCAUUUACAACUUCGAGGAUUUUCAGUAUUUAUUGACGUUGAAAGAUUAGAAGCUGGAAAAUUUGAUAAUAACCUUUUGCAAAGUAUCAGACAAGCAAAGCACUUUUUACUGGUUCUUACACCUAAAGCCCUAGAGAGAUGUAUAGAAGAUACAGAAUGUAAAGAUUGGGUACACAGGGAAAUCGUUGCAGCACUACAGUCGCAAUGCAAUAUUAUUCCAAUUAUUGAUAAUUUUCAAUGGCCAGAACCUGAAGAGCUUCCUGAAGAUAUGAGAGCUGUUUGUCAUUUUAAUGGAGUUCGAUGGAUCCAUGAUUAUCAAGACGCAUGCGUUGACAAACUUGAAAGGUUUAUGCGAGGAGAGAUUCCUGUAAAAUGCGACCCAGCAAACUGUACACGUAGCACAAACUCUAAAGAAGUUACUCCUGGAACUCCUGGAACUGCAAAUAUACGUCAACCUCCUAGUUACCAGCGAAUGCAAAGUAAUGAGAGUCGGAACAGUGACAAAGAUUAAACUAUUUGAUUCUGUAACUUUUCAAAAAGUUGGAGAAUCGAACACAUCAUGUAGUUCUGACUGUUUGUUUAUAAUUUUAUGACGAAGAAAACUCAAUAUUAAAAAAAGCUUAUUUUUUAUAUUA